AUGGCCAGGAAGACCGGAGUCUACCGCAACCUGAUCCGUGGCGAUCUCACGGCUCGGAUCCAUGUGGUGGCGGAUGCCGGUAUGAUUUUGUGGUCUGCGCCAGGUGGCCUCGUCGCCGCACCAGUUCUGGAGGAGGUCUGGGUUCCCGGAGGCUUCCAGGAGGUGGUUGAAGCGUUGGCCGCCGAGGGCCAGGUGGCUGUGGUCUUCCGGGAGCUGAUCGACUUCGUCAAGGGCCGUGGUGAUGAUGCGGUGCUGGUGAUCCUGAAGAAGAUCACCUGCGACUGAUGAAGGGCGGGCUGGUACAUAUCGG